AUGAACCGUAACAAAGAAAUGCGGAGGAAGACGGGGGCUCGCAGGAGUAGUUUGGGUAUGCGUGGGAGAAGGGCAAGCUCGCUUAUAGACAACGGCCACAGCGCCAUACCGCAUAAAGCAGUCGAUCCCGCCGAAUUUUACAAGCAUAUCGAAGCCGAUCUGAUGGAACCACGUCGUAUGAAGCAACUCCUUACGUGCCCGAGCGAUUCAAGACCAACUAUUAAAGAUUUUUCGUCGAAAUCGGAAUUUUCAGACUGGUUUUCACGAGAGGAAUUACCGCGACCACCGGCAAUAGUGAAGCCUAACCCGCGGAAUAUCGAACACGAGGAAAAAAUAGUAGCAUUAGAAGAGAGGGUAAAACGAUUAAAAGCAGAAAAACGAGCAUGGCAAUCCUUAAAACAACCGCCUCCAGAACUACCGCCACUCUUCCCAUCAUCAGAUUCAAACCCUCAAUCACUACCAUUACCCGAUGCCUCCCUUCUCGACUCCGAAGAGGCCCAAAUUCUCGCCACUCUCACAGACCCAUCGACCGCCAUAAAACCGCAGAAGAUCCAAUCCCGACUUCAAGCGCUCCAGAACUCCCUCGACUUUAGAAUCGACCACCUAUCCGACAAUGUUCAAAAAUUAGAACACCGGGUAAAGACGGGAGGACUGCAAGCAGACCGCGUGCUAGCACUCAGCGCGGCAAGGUUAAGGGAACGCGAGGAGAAGGAGAGAGCGAGCGCAGGAACUAAAGACAUGCCAGUUAUGGAAGUACUAAGAAGUCUGGGGAGGAUAUUGCCGCCAGAAACCGGAGGAGGGGGGUUAAAGUCGUUUCGUCGACUUCCUGUGCCGCGUAUAUAG